AUGACCACCACUACAACUUUCACUCGAAAUGAUAUCGAGAUCGCGACAAGGGCAGCAGAUGCGUUUACGCGUUUGUACUACACCACAUAUGACUCCCCUACAAGGGUGGAUGAUCUCCCUAAACUUUAUCGGUCCUCAUCGACCGUGACUUGGAACGGAAAUCCAUGUCAGGGUGCCGAGGGUGUGAAAAAACUUAUUCAAGAUAUGCCAAGUACCAGGCAUGAAGUUCAGUCCUACGAUUGCCAUCCUAUACCAGGCUCUCAACCCCCAUCACUUCUUGUUACGGUGUCUGGCAAUGUCACCCAUGGACGUGGUCCUGCUGGCAAUCCAGUAUCGACACCGGUCAAAUCAGUCGAUGGACAACCUAGAGUCUUCUUCCAAUCAUUCAUGUUGGUACCCGAUCCAACAGCACCAGUAGUGAAAGCGGGAGAGGUUGCAAAGUACUAUGUGGAUGCUGAUUCUAUGCGAUUUGUGGGCUAA